AUGGCCGUGACGCAGGAGGCGCCUGCGCGCUCCAAGCAGCAAGACCUGUACGGCAAGCCGCACAUGGGCAUGGACCACGUGCUGGCCAAGCUGCUGCUGAACGCGCCGCCGCUGCCCGACGCCUUGAAGCUGCAGACGGAGGCGCAGUCGCUCUCCACUACCUGGGUGCAGGUCUCCGAGGCCUACGAGAAGCGCCGCGCCAUGCUGCAGCGCCGCAAAGAGAAGGGCAAGGCAAAAAACAAAGCUAAGAGCAAGGAGAAGAGCAAGGAUAAUCAGAAAGAAGAGGAGAAGAAGGAGAAGAAGAAACUAAAGGAGAAGAAGGAGGAAAAGACGGUGGAGAAGAAGAAGAAAACAAAGAACAGUGGCACAGCUGCUUCUCCACGCGACGGAAAGGGUUCUUCUAAUGUGAAGGCGGAGAAGAAGAGCCACAAGAAGAAGACGGUGAGCUCCCCGCGUGUUGUUGUUAAACACGAGAGUGACGCGCCCGCAGUGAAGAAAGUGGAGCAGCAGCAGCCGCCCGAUGCGUACCAGGCCUCUGUGCUCAAGAAGCUGCGUAAAUUACCCAUGUGCGAGAGCAUGGCAUUCGGCUCGAACAAGUACAAGGCCCUCGUCAAGUGGAUGGAGCUGGACAAGGGCAAGAACGCGGCCACGUCCGCUGCGCUGAUGGAGCUGCUGAACAAGCUGCAGCUUGACGCGACGGCGGACAGGAAGAGCAAGCCCAAACUGACCCGGAAACGGUCGUUGGAGACGCUGGAUGACGCGCUGCGAGCUGAGAACCGCGGCAAGAGGAAGGCGACGAGUAGCGAUCGGAGACGCAGCCAGAAGCAGCGCAAGACGUACGUGGAUGAAGAUGAAGUGGUGUACGAGUCUGGAGAGGAGGAGGAGGAGCCCGAGUACAAGGGAGGGUACUCUGAUUCAGAUGAAGCUGAGUUCAUGCCGGAGCUGGAGAAUAGCCCGCCGCCUAAAAAGCCCAAGAAGCGCGCAGCAGGACGAUCACCGAAGAGGCAACUGCAACAGGCAGCGGAGGAGACGAAGGAGCUGGCCAACAAGGCUGGUAUGACUUCUAUGGAGCAGCUUGCCGCGGUGGUAGCCAAGAUCAGAGCAGACGAUGUGGCCUCAGGCAAGUCCGAUACCAAGUAUUUGUCGUAUGAGAAGAAGACCGAGGCAGUGAAACCAGGGGCUUCGUCUACGUCUGCUAUCGUUCUGGAUGAUAGCGAAGAGGAGGAAGAAGAGGAGGAGGAGGAAGAAGAAGAAGAAGAAGAAGAGGAGACCAAGGCCGCAGACUCUUCGACUGAUGACGAGCAGGACAUGUUUGACCUGAAUGAAGAGGACGUGUAUGUUGUCGAGGCUAUCCUGUGCGUCAAGGAGGGUCGGUCACUGCUGACGGCAGGAGGUCAGCGGGCCAAGGACGCGGAUUUGUAUCUCGUCAAGUGGGAGGGCUACGACGAGCUUACGUGGGAACCGGACGAGAACAUCCCGCGGCGGCUCAUUGACAUGUUCCGAGCGCGCGAGCGAGCUAAACGGUCGUGCCAGUAUCAGAUCAAGCUCGCUCAAGAACGCAGGGAGGUGACCAACGUGACUACGGCGACCAAGGAGAUUAUUUACCUGAUUCAAUGGAUCAACCAGGAGAACCUGGUCUGGGAGUCGCGCACGACGCUGCCUAUCAAGACCCAGGUGUGGCUGGACAAGGUUCUUGGCGUCAAACCCGCGCCCAAGAAGCGACGUGACACCAAGGUGUCGAAGCAGUAUAUGUAA